UGAAACACCAACAGCUAGAUGCUUCACUUUAGCGUGUUGGUCCCUAAGGGGUGUUUUCCCGCAGUAGUGUGCUUUUAGUAUGUUCUACUUUCAGUUCUAUGUAGGUCGAGGUAUGCUGCCGUUGGCAAUGCGUUCAAACUGUUCAUUUUGGGAACAACUAUGUAUAUAUAUCUGCGUGCCCUUUCAAACUUUCGUUUUCUUCCCAGAUUUAAUCCUCUUACAAGAACAUCAAUACCAAACCAAGUCACAUUUUAAGCUUGCAAAACACCAGCAUAAUCCACAAUGCAGAGCGCAGAUACUCUUCUUGUUGGUAAUCGUCAGACUCCCGGUGGAAGUUCGGGGUCCGUAUCUGUCGAUACGGAUUCGAACCAAAAAGCAAUCCCAAAGCACAAGCACAGUGGUUCGGAUGGCGAAGUCAAUGGCGAGGUAUCUACAACUUUACUAGAGGAAGAUCCGUUCAGUAGUGAGGCAAGCAAGAUUCUUUUCGAUGGCGUGGAUGAAUUGCGAAGGUGUGGCGCUGCCGUCGACCUCGAUCUUCCACAGCUUGUAAUCGUGGGAGGCCAAUCUGCUGGAAAGUCAUCUCUACUUCAGAGUUUGACAGACAUUCCUUUCCCAGUAGGUGACGGAUUAUGCACUCGAUUUGCGACCCGGAUAAUCUCGCGAAGAUCCGCCCCCGAUAGCUCCGAUUUUGUGAAAGUAUCCAUCGAAAAGGGCGAUUCGGAACCAUUCAGAGGUCAGGCCGACGAUCAGAGAGAGCCAUUCAACCCCCACGUGAAUUCUAUAACUGCAGAGGUCUUCGCAGAUAUUUUGGAACAGGCGAGUAAGUAUAUGGGAAUCACAGAUCAGCGUGGAUCGAAGCAGAGCAAUUUUUCUAGCGAUAUCCUUAGAAUCGAGCUUCAUGGACCAACCCGUUCCCACUUUGGCAUAUUGGAUGUGCCUGGAAUCUUCCAUGCAUUGACGGAAACCGUGACCGACGAAGAUAUGGAGCGCGUCACUGCCAUGGUAACUUCACAUAUGAAGAAGCCCGAGAACGUCAUCAUCUGUGUGGCUCCUGCUACUGGUGAUUUAGCAAUGCAGCAAAUAUUCACACUGGCGAAAAAGCACGCUGAAAGCUCGCGGGUCGUAGGAGUAUUCACAAAGUGUGAUCAGGCACCCGACCCUAAGAAUAUUGUGCGGAUAGUUCGAGAUAACCUCGAAAUUGGCCUCCACAAUGGUUGGUUCGUGGUCCAAAAUCGGCCUAAAAAUCCGUCCCCAACAUUUAAUCAAGAAGAGGCCGAGAAGGCAACGUUUCGCAGAGACCCAUGGACUGAUAUACCCGCAAAGCAACGUGGUACCCCUGCGCUGAAGAAAUUUCUUGCAAUCACCCUUUCCUCUCGAAUCCGCACAGCGUUUCCAGAGGUGCAAAGGAAAAUAAAAGAGCUGCUGGCGAAAGAGACGGAUUAUUUGGAAAGUCUAGGAGAGGAAAGACUAAGCCAAGAGAGACGACGGGAAUAUCUCCUAAAGAUUGUGGGGAGAUACCAAGAACUGGCUCGGGACUCCCUGUCGAACCCUGAAAGGUUACCUUUGUCUGCUAUGAAGCUGCGCGGGUUGACUAAAACUGCCAUGGAAGGCUUCGCCAAUAAUAUGAAGCUAAAGGGACAUCUUCAUAAUUUUGCCGACGUAAGUGUCAGUGAAAGUACGGUUGAUCCUAACGAUUUGUACAAGGAGAUCCGAACCCAGAUUGCGGAAAAUCGAGGAGAAGAGCUCAACAGUAUGACAAACCCAGCCGUGAUGAGACCUCUCUUUACCCAGCAGACUAGCAAGUGGGAAGCUUUCGGGCAGGCAUACUUGGAAGAGGUAGUGAAAAUGAGCAAGAAGGUUUCUUUAUUGAUUCUUGAUUAUGCUUUUUCCGAGUUUGCAGUUCCCCAUCAUACCGCAAGCGAGCUGAAGAACACUAUCGACGAGUUUGAGACCCAGUCUCUAAACUACGCAACUCUCAAACUACGCAACAUUUGCCACAGAAACUCAACGUUUCCUCUAGUAACGACCGAUGAAAACUUUAAGGCUAAAGUUAAAAUUGCGCAAAGUGAUAGGUUCAUUGCCGCUCUCAUGCGAUACAGGGAGAAAAAUCCACCUGCGUCGUUUAUCCAUGCCUAUGCGGACAAGGAAGUGCCAAAAUUGGUUCCAGAGAUGCUAAAACUGACUAGUGGUUGGGUUGUUAUUGAUACCAACAGACUCAACCAGCUAUUCGACGAGGUCCAUCCUCGUGCUACCCGAAACACCGAAGAUGAGAUUCACGACUUGUUGAAGGCGUAUUAUGAGGUUGCCCUCGAAACGUUCAAAACGGACAUCCAUCGCCUUGUGGAGGAAUUCCUCAAGGAUCCCAAAGGGCUCAUCCUCGGUUUGUCCGACGAGUAUGUGCUUACUCUCCACAAGGAGCAAGUUGAUAUAUUAGGAGGGGAAGAUGAGUUUGUGGUUAUUUCUCGCAAGGAGGCGAUGGAAAAGAUCAAACGUCUCCAGCAAGCGACGAAGAUUGCUGGAGACACGAGGACCAAGAGCAUGCAACUUGAGAGGUGAUAUAAAUGACACUAUGGAUAUGUUGGCGCAUGAAACAAGUUUAUUUUGGACUAAAGUUGUAGAAAAAUACUUAUUUCCUGAAACUCUAGAAAUGUUAUAAUUUCCUUUACAAUUCUCUCAUUAAUACCAUUUAUUCAUACCACUGUCCAUCCACC